AUGGUCUCAUUAGAGACAGCUAGCACCCCGAUAACGCUACCAACUCAGACGAUUGGUGCGGUUUCUGAGACACCAUCAUCCGGUGUCCCGCCACCUUCUCUCAUAGCGGCUACGCCCUCCAUCACAGCCCAUAACCAUAUACCAGUACCCUCUCUGAAUAGUGCAACCCUGCCGUUGUUCCCCAACAUCGGCGAACCCAACCCAUUCACUCCACCUCCUCUACCACUGUUUUUUCCUAACACUGGCAGACCAAGUAACGUCGGUUACAGUCUAAUAUCAUCGCCCAUUAACACAACAAACAGUAUUGGGGACUACCCCCGCUCAUGA